GACCUAACUAAAACUAGUCGUCGUAAACUCAUUCAUGGAGGCUUUGUUCUGCUCUGAGAUACUCAACAACAACAACAACAACAUCAGAUCCUCCCUUAACGAUCUCUCUUCUUCAUAUACAUGGCCAAUGAUCAUGACCUCCUCCUCUUCUUCUUCUCCAUCUCCCAAGAUCAUGAACAUUCCUAGAUGCGACUGGGAUCUUUCUCUCUCCGCGGUUGUUUCCUCCGCAUCCACCGGAUCAGACUCUAUCGGAGCUAUCGAGUUCGACCCGACCGGAGAUAUCAUAGCUACGGGAGGUAUCGCAAGAAAGAUCAGAUCGUAUCGUUUGAGUUCUUUGUUAAGGUCUUCGUCACGUGACGAUCACGCGAGGGCUUCUGAGAGCUGUAUAUGCACGCCGGCUAAGCUUAGCAGUCUCAAAUGGCGACCCGAUUUGUCCGGUCGGGUUAUCGGGUCGGGAGACUACGACGGGGUUGUGACUGAGUACGACGUGGAGAAACAAGUUCCUAUCUUCGAGAGAGACGAGCAUGGAGGUAGAAGGAUUUGGAGCGUGGACUACACGUUACACAAUGGCUCUCUCGUAGCCGCGUCGGGCUCCGACGACGGAACGGUUCAAAUGUGGGAUCCUCGUAACGGUGGGUCGUUGGAAGAAACGGUUAGGCCCGGAGGUGGCGCGGCGGUUUGUUCGGUAGAGUUUGAUCCGUUAGGUGGAUCUUCUUUAGCCGUCGGAUGCGCUGACCGGAAUGCUUACGUGUACGAUAUCAGAAGACUCGUUGACCCUUUACUUGUAUUAGACGGGCAUACCAAAACGGUGACGUAUGCUCGGUUCAUGGAUCCUCGAACGAUCGUCACCGGUUCGACCGACGGGAGCUUGAAGCAGUGGGAUAUAGACAACGGACGGCGCGUGGUUCGCACGUACCGAGGGCAUGUUAACAGCAGGAACUUUGUCGGGUUGUCGGUUUGGAGACAUGGUGGUUUGGUCGUGUCCGGGUCGGAGAAUAACCAAGUGUUUGUGUAUGAUAAGAGGUGGGAGGAACCGGUUUGGACGUGUGGAUUGGGUCAACCGGACCGGUUUGGAUCUGACCGACGGUUCGUGAGCAGUGUGUGUUUGAGACAAGUGGAUGAAGAUUGGUGCACACUUGUGGCCGGAGGAUCCGAUGGGGUUUUAGAGAUUUUCUCGGGCCAACGGAGCUAAUCAGUAUUUUAUAAUUUAUAUAUAUAUAUUCUGCUCUUGAUUUAUACAAAUUGUUUAUCAGUUGAACUAUGAAAUGUCUAUAUAUUAGUUAUUUCUUUUAA